GCACUCGGACUCAUGACAGAUUGAAUAAUACAAAAGAACGAGGGUCUGGUUUCCGUGAAAAGUGUCAAAAUGUUGAUGAAUUGUUUGAAAAAUGGCAGACUGGCCCUUUUGAGACAGAUCCGCACGCAAUCAACUGCGGCUGCGACCGCAACUACUGUGAACGCUGCCAACGAACCCGAAGAAAUUUCCGUCAUUGAACAACGUAUUUUGGAACACCCCGAUUACUUUCAGGUGCACAAUUUAUUUACAGUUCGGGAUCUGUUCAAUGCCCGUGUACACUAUGGCCACAAGGAAGGCUCACUGGAUGAUCGCAUGCGACCUUAUAUCUACGGCAGCCGUUUGGGACACCUAAUAUUCGAUUUGGAUAAAACAGCGGCUCACUUGAGAGAUGCUCUGAACUUUACAGCGCAUAUUGCUUUCCGUGAUGGCAUUAUCUGUUUCUUCAAUCGUAAUGCACUGAAUGCCCACCUGGUUGAGAAGAAGGCAAUGGAGGCUGGAGAGUUUUCACAUACAAGAUUUUGGCGCGGUGGUAUCUUCACCAAUUCCAACGUACAAUUUGGUGCAGUGACUCGCCUACCAGAUCUAUGCAUAUUUCUGAAUACGCAAAAUAAUGUUCUAAGCCAACAUACGGCUGUGAGAGAUUGUGCAAAAAUGGCCAUUCCAACUGUAGGCAUUGUGGACACAAAUUGCAAUCCAAAUUUGAUUACUUAUCCUGUGCCCGGUAAUGAUGAUUCCCCCGCAUCUGUGGAACUCUAUUGUGAACUCUUUAAGUCGGCCAUUUUAAGGGGCAAACAAAAAAGACGUGAAGUGUUGGGAGAACCCGAACCGGUAAAUAACACUAAAAACUCGAGCAGAAGAAGAAACAAAGUUUCCAAUUAAUUUUUCUUUAUUUGUUAAUUCAUUCUGAAAAUAAAAUUGUUUACGUAGAUA